AUGGCGACAGCUUGCUUCGACUUCGGUGGUGGGCCUCUGAAGGUUGCCUGCUUGCUGGAUGCAACGGCGUGCGCUCGCGUGGCACGGUGCAGCCGGGUGGCCAGAGCCGUGGUUGAACGUGAGUGGCGCUACAGCGAUGAGUUGCUUCAAUCCUUUGAUGUCCAGCAGCUCAACGGCAGCCUGGCGCAGCUAGCCUUAUUGUGUGAGCUGGUGAGGAUAUGGAACAAGCAUGGCCCGUCUCUGAACCAGCUGCCCAUGAAAAAAACUCGGUCGGCGGCAGAUAUGUACAAGCUUUGGCCGUCGCGUGAUUGGUUCAGCGAAGGUGAGCUGCCUUUCAAGGAUUGGUUAGAUUUUGAAAGUGGCGAUUCCUCCUACAAUGUUUGGAUUCUGGACCUUCCGGGUGCGCUUCCUCUCCUUGGACGUCUGGUGAGUGACUUGUACCUCCGAGCCAACUCAAGGGCGGUGUUCCAGAUGCGGCAGCAGCACACGCGGCACGGUUGCCCUGAUGCAGACACCUUCGUGCAGGAGCUGCAGGCGACGGCUCAGGAGCACGUACCUUUCAUGGAGUGGGAGCUGCAAAUGCGUGGUUGUGCAGAGCUCAUGCGGCAAAUCAACUGGGAUGAGGGGACCGCAGCUCUGAUAUGCACAGGCUCGGGUCGAGGUGAGUUCGAAGAUGUACUGCGGCGCAGACCCUCCCUUCGUCACGGCUAUUUGCUGCCACGGUGUCCUCAGCCGGUGUAUGGGCUCAGCCUGUGCAAGGGACAGGAAUCUGUCUUCAUGACCUGGGACAGGAAGGAGUUAUGGAUUUAUGGCUGCUACAUGGACUGA